UGGGAGCCAAGACGCGAGUGCUCCGACUGUUUGCUUGAUGACAGGAGAUAUUUCGCCUUGUCCUCAUUCACCUCCAGACCCAUUCGCUUCGCCUCCUUAUCCAUGCGGGAAUAAGCAGAACAAACGGCGCGGUUGUUGCUUCCGAUGAUAUCAAUAUCAUCGGCGUACGCCAGCAGCUGUACCUCUGAAUAAAUAAAUAAAAUAUCUGAUAGAUAUCCGUGUCAUCAGGGUGUAAAGAAAGUAUUAUGUACCGAAUUUAAUUGAAAUCGGUCGAGUAGUUUCUAAGAUAUGGUUUUUGACCCAUAAGUGGGCGAAAAAAAAUCUGAAUGCAGUUCUCAUCUGCCAUUUAUUCUGUAAAAUUUAGUGUUUCUGAUGUUUUCCGUUAGUGAGUUAACGCACUUUUAGUAAUUUUCAACCUAACCUUUGUAUGGGAGGUGGGCGUGGUUAUAUGAUUUCGACUAUUUUUAUGUUGUAUAAUAGGGUAAGUAAGGGAAGUGACUGCAGAAAGUUUGGUUUAUAUACUUUUAUUGGUUUGCGAGAUAUAUAUAUAAAUCUUAUUUGAGGGCGGGGCCACACCCACUUUCUCAAAAAAUUUACACCUAAAUAUGCCCCUCCCUAAUGUGAUCCUCAAAUUUUACUGUCAUAAGUUUAUUUAUGGCUUAGUUAUGAAACUUUAUAGGUUUUUGGUUUUCCCCAUUUUGUGAGCGCGGCAGUGGCCCGAUUUCGCCCAUUUUCAUACCAACCUCCUCAGGGUGCCAAGGAAUAUGUGUUCCCAGUUGCAUUAAGAUAUCUCAUUUUUUACUCAAAUUAUCACUUGCCCGAACAGACGGACAAACAGAUGGAAGGACAGACAUCCGGAUUUCGAAUCCACUCGUCAUCCUGAUCAUUUAUAUAUGUAUGUAUAACCCCAUAUCUAACUCUUUCAUUUCUGGGUGAUACAAACAACCGUUAUAUGAACAAAACUAUUAUUAUUAGUAUAAAAUGUAAUUACUGUUUUAUUGAAAAUCAUAAUCACUCCAAAACGAAAAAGUGUUGACAGUUUUCCCAUUAAACAUUAUUGAAAACAUAAAAAACGCUGUUUACGUUCAAACAAUGUAUGUACAUAUAUAUGUAUGCUACAAUUCUUCUAUAUACACUUCUUAUAUAUACAAUUCAAAAACAUGAGUGUGCAAGUAAGAAGUAGCCAAAACAAACCUAUUAUGUAUCAAUUUUAUUAUGGUAUACAAAGAACAAACUAUCAAAAAACACAAACACAUAUGUACACAAUUCACAACGCUUAGAAAAAUGUUUGAACUAAGCUAUAAGUGACAAGUGACAAUUGAACUACUUGUACUGCAAACGAGAUUUACAUAUUUCCUUAUAAUUCUCAGCAGCCAAAAUUUACUAUAAAUUGCUCAUUCUGAGCUGUGAAUGUCAUUAGUUCAGUAUCAAGUGUUAACAAAGCACAAACCAACCACAACAAAAUGAAUUUCCUCAUCUGCUUGGCUCUCAUCUUCGCCGUCGCUCAGGCUAACCCCGGUAUCGUGGCCCCAUUGGCUUACUCCGCUCUGCCCGGCGUUGCCACCUAUGCCGCCUCUCCUUAUGCCUACAGUGGUUAUGCCGCGCCUGCCGUCGCCACCUACUCUCAUACCGCUUACUCCGCACCAGCUGUGGCCACUUACUCUCACAUCGCUGCUCCAGCUGUGUACAGCGCUCCAGUUCCCCGUGUCGCCGCUGUGGCUCCUGUUGCCUACUCUGCUCCAGUCGUCUCCACUUUGUUGAAGAAAUAGAUAACAAGCUUUAUUGGCUUUUUUAUAAAAAAAAUGAUUUUCGUU